UACUACCCGUUUAUAAUAGUAACAUUAAGGUAUGCUACCGUGUAGCACGAGCGGGUUAUUUUCGAGGCUGUGCAUCCCUGUGAGACCCAAGAACCAUCACUACACUGCUGAGGAGAAGAAGGAGACGGUGGCCUGGCACAAGAACUACUUUGACACCUUCACAGCAAGCUAGCUAAGUCGUUAUGUGUUGUACAUUUACAAGGACAUUUAGUUGUGAUGCUGUGUGAUGCUGUGUGUUGUUGUGCCUAUUUGCUCAAACAGAAGCCCCUCUGUCGUUAAUGUGCUGGUGAUUCAUAUAAUAUGUGCCAGCACUAGUAUGGCCCCUGCAGUUCAUAUAGUCAACUUGAAGCUACUCCAUGCAGCUAUGUGUGCAAAGACCCAGUCAACAGUUGCUCUCCUUACUUUCUUACUCAUAGGACAUACUUGCUUUGGUUCUGAGCUCUCGUGUUCCUCAGUGACUCUCCCUUCCCGUACCUUCCUACCUCCACCAUCAUGGGCUAUCUUAGAGUGUACACUGGUGACCUCUCAUAACUUUACAGUAGAGUGGCGUACUCCCUCUGGCCUGAUAGUGACCUCUCCCACUGACACCAACAGACUCUACACCAUUCAGAGCAGAAUAACUAACAAUGUCACUCAACUGACCCUUAAAAUAACUGGACUGUCUUAUCUAGAUGAGGGACGCUAUGACUGUAUUGUGGAGCAGGCACUCAGCACGACACUGCAGGAAGAAGCCCAACUGGAGCUGUUGACCUCUCUUAGUACUGGCUUGGAAACUGGGUUUGAAGUGAGUAAUGGUUUUGCUGAGAUGACUUGUGGGAUGAGUGGCUACCUUCGACCCGAGGAACAGUUAGGUUGGUACAAAGCUGACACCCAGGUAUUGAGCAGUGAUAGAGUAGACAUCAGCUUCCAAUCAGGUUUCUCAGGGACCACCUCUCGAGUAUCUGUGUUGAGGAUAGAGCCACUGACAGCCCAGGAUAAUGGACUGUACACUUGUAGACUCUCUGGGAGCUCUAUCACAUCACAACAGAUCUCCAUCAACUCCAACUCCAUCAACACAGAUUCACCAGACAGCGAUCCUACAACUUCACCAGACAACAUCAACCCUACCACCGCAUCACCAGAUAUCUUACUCAUUCUGCUCCCAGUGUUGGCAGUGGUCCUACUACUCUCGCUGCUCAUAACUUGCACAAUCAUACUCCUGGUACGACGGCGUUUCAAGAUCACUCAAGCCGAUAAAGAUAUCUCCACAAGCCCCAACGUGUCCUAUGGAGCCCACCCCCCCUCAGUGACAGUCCUGGAUAAAGAUAUCUCCACAAGCCCCAACGUGUCCUAUGGAGCCCACCCCCCCUCAGUGACAGUCCUGGAGGAUCCACUGUAUGAAUCUAUUCAUAAUCAACAACUAUACGAGGUGGCUUGUCCGCCUGAUGACCUGACUGAGUAUUAUGUCAAUGAAGGGCUAGGACCUAACUGACUGACGGACUCUUUAUAAAAAUUUAUCCGCAUUAGUUUGUGUGCAAUGUUGUUCAAUUUUUUUAAUUCUGAAUUCACAAAGACAAAAAUUAAUAUAAUUAUACUGUGCUAUGA